UAAAAUUCCUACGCAAACACUUGAAACUGAAGACUCAUCAGGUGAUAACAAUCUGGAUGUCAGCCAUCGAGUGAUUUCUGGUGACCAGUAGCAAUAAUUCAACCUAUUAGAAAGACUGUUUCAUAUUAAGCUACUGGAGAAUUGAAGAAAGGGAUCAAAUCAGGAAGGACCAGUUUCAAGGAUAUGAAUUCAGAUUCAACACAACCAGAACACCUAUAAGUAAGUGUGCUUCCAAAUGCUAACAUUUCAGCAGUGUUCUGUCCUCCUCUGACUGGACUUGAGCUCUUCUAAGCCAUUGUCUGCAAAAGAUCUCUGCAAGAGAUCUCAUAUGAUCUGCUUAUCUAUUUUGCUGAAGUCAACUGCUUGGGCUGCCAACUUCAACGAUUGCUGGACUUGCUACCAGAUGCCGUGAAUUUGGUGGGAACCAUUUUCAUCUGACUCCCCUCCCAGGUUCCCUACAUUGGAUUGUAUUUACUAUUUAUUAUUUCUGGAGCUAUUUUGAUCAAUUUCUAGUACAUCUCAUAUCACCUCUUCUAGGAGUCAACAUUUCAGCCCACUGCGUGUACUAUCAGGGUCUCCUGUUACCCACCACUCUUCUCUGGGAAGACAUUAGUUUACAGAUUUUUCAGCUGAGUGGAGAUGAGUAUUACCUUGCAUACUACAUCAGGAUGUUUCUUUAUGAGAGAUAAAAAAGAGAGACUGUCACGUCAAAACCCAGACUUCUUUUUUCCACUGAAGCUCAGAAAUACAGAUUUGCACUCUCAGCUGACAGUUGAUGGUUUUCCUUAAACAAAAUGGAACGUAACUUGAAGAAUGUUCUUGUCAUAGCUGUUGGCUUUUUAUUUCUAUUUACAUCUUACGGAGCUCUUCAGAAUCUACAGAGCAGCCUUAAUAGGGCAGAAGGACUAGGGGUGGCUACACUUAGUGUUAUCUAUGCAUCCGUGAUUGUGUCUUCCAUGUUCCUUCCUCCAAUUCUCAUUAAGAAAUUUGGCUGCAAGUGGACCAUCACAGCCUCCAUGUGCUGCUAUAUCACUUUCUCUCUGGGAAACUUCUAUGCCAGCUGGUUCACCUUGAUCCCCACUGCCAUAAUCCUAGGUCUAGGCGGAGCCCCACUGUGGUCUGCAGAGUCUACUUACCUUACAAUGAGUGGAAAUAUCUAUGCAAAGAAAACAGGAAAACGUGGGAAAGAUAUUGUCAAUCAGUAUUUUGGCAUAUUCUAUCUCAUAUUUCAGUCCUCUGGUGUAUGGGGGAAUUUGAUUUCAUCUCUGGUGUUUCGGCAGGAAUCUGUCAAAGGAGAAAUCACAAAAGAGCAAUUGAUGUAUUGUGGAGCAAAUGAUUGUUUUACAGCCAACAUAACUACAAAUAGCACUAAGCGUCCAGCAAAUGAGUUAAUCUAUACCUUGCUGAGCAUCUAUACUGGGAGUGGUAUUUUGGCAGUAUUUCUGGUAGCUAUAUUUCUUGAUCCAAUUCCAAAUGAUUCAGAAGAAAAUGAAGAAGAAAGGAACACAUCUAUUGCAAGUGGUUUUCUGUCAACUUUCCGGCAUCUUAGAGAUAAGAGGCAAUGUCUCCUUAUUCCUCUGACAAUGUAUAGUGGAUUUGAGCAAGCAUUCCUUGCUGGUGACUAUACAAAGUCAUAUGUCACUUGUGCCCUGGGGAUUCGCUAUGUUGGCUUCGUGAUGAUUUGCUCUUCAGCCACCAAUUCCAUUAGCUCUUUGAUAUUUGGAAAGCUCUCCCAAUACACUGGCAGAAUAGCUUUGUAUGCACUAGGUACAGUGACACACUUCACCUGCAUAAUUUCCCUUUUGGUGUGGAGACCUCAUCCCUCUCAGGAGAUUCUCUUCUUCUUAUUUGCUGCCCUCUGGGGAAUAGGAGAUGCUGUUUUUCAGACACAAAACAAUGCACUCUAUGGAGUUCUAUUUGUGAACAACAAGGAGGCUGCUUUUGCCAAUUACCGCCUUUGGGAGUCCCUUGGAUUUGUCAUUGCUUUUGGAUACAGCACAUAUUUGUGUGUCAGCAUCAAGUUAUAUAUUCUGCUCGGAGCACUGAUUUUUUCAGUGGUGUUCUAUGGGAGUGUUGAGUACCUGCAAUAUAGGAAUUUGCCUGAGACAAUUUCUGAUAAAAUGGAGAACCAAAUAGAAGAACCAGUUACACAAACAAAGAUGUAAAAAUGACAAAAGUGCUUGAGGAGAAACUAUAAGAAGACCUCAUAAUGGUUUUCUCUGUAGAAGCAUCGAAGUAUUAAAUUGUUUUAUCAGAACAAUUUCAACAUUGGUCACAAUACUUCAAUGUAUGUGUGAUCCCAUGGAUGUGAAUAUUCUCUCCUUCCAUUGGUACAGAUCCAUCCACAUCUUUUCUUCCUAAUUCUUAUCCAUACUCUCUGUCCAUACAUAGAUCUUCCACUGGGAAUCGGUGCAAUCUUCUGGAAUAUCCGUCCAGAUCUUUUUAUAUUGGGGGAAGGGAGGGUGUAGUAUUUGGGGUAUUCACUAAUAUCCCUUCCUUUUGCUGUUUGACUGGCCUACUUCCCUUAUUAUAUAAUUCUUCAAUUGUAUUUCUUAUUCCACCUCUUACAUUGUUGGAAACAUGCUUCACCCCACUUUGGCUAGUCCCUAUCAGUUUUGAUUUCCUAUAGAUUGUAGUGUUAAGAAAUUAAAAAUUAUAGUUUCUCAGAAAGAAGUUUUAUAUAAAAUAAUUGAGUCUUGAUGCCAGGUAAUAGCUCAGCCUCCUUGAAAGUGCUGCACAAACUUCCUAAUGCAAUAUAAUAUUUUCUCUUUCUGCUGUUCUAUUCUGGGUCCAACUUAUCAUUUAACUGCAGUGCGUAGCUGAAUAUACCUGAGGAUUAACUUAAUGGAAUAACCAUAUGAUUUCUUGUCAUAGAUUAAACUAUAGCCUUUUUUUAUCCUUUUGAUUUUUUUUUUUACUGAAUAGAUGUUAUAAGAAUUUUUUUGCACAAUCAUCUAUCUAAAUAAGGAGGCUUUGCAUUACUAUGGGGCUUAAUAAAGUAGACCAAUAUUAUUGUCAGAGUGAAGUAUGGUAUGUUUGUGUGUGUGUGUGUGUGUGUGUGUGUGUGUGUAUAGCAAGGUUGCCAGGACUGGCCACAUUCUCCUUUGGGUCACCCACCUCUUACUUUUUGACUUUGGCAUAUAUUCAAUUUUAUUCUCUUGAUCUUUAA